UUCCCACUACAAACCUUUUGAAUUCCUUAAACAAUAUGGGGCUCUUAGUUGUGUUCUUAAUUUUCUUUCUUUAUCAGCUUUCUUUUUCUUCAUCCAUAUUUCUGUGUCCCAAACAUCAAAGCAUUUCCCCUGUAAAAUUCAAGGAAACAUUUACUAUAAAUCCCCAUGCUUCUUCUAGAUGUUAUUUCCGCGGUCAGAAGCCUUAUCCAAAAACGAGUUCAUGGAACAUGAGUAGAGAUUGUUGUUUAUGGGAUGGAGUCAUAUGCGAUGACAUGACUGGACAUGUCAUUGAACUUGACCUUGGUUGCAGCCGUCUUGUUGGAACAAUUGAUUCCAAUAGCAGCCUAUUCCAACUCUCUCAUCUCCAAAGACUCAACCUUUCUUGGAAUGAAUUCCACGGUUCUCAUAUCUCGCCUGAAUUUGGUAGGUUCUCGAGCUUGACACAUCUUGAUCUUUACAACUCCAAUUUCUCAGGAUCUGAAUGUUCUGUUACUGAUGAUAUUCAGUCCCUUGUUGCACACCUCAAAGACGAUCACAAGUUUGACAUGCACGAAGGCUGUACCUUCAACCAUCGCUAUAUCAAAUCCAAUCCUCAAGACGUUGAAAAUGCUACAUGGAUGUUGACCUGUGAGUUCUCUCUCUCUUCCCCCGUUCCUUUUUUCCUUAGCUUAGAUAGUAAGUUAACUCAUAGUUCAUUGCACAACUUGAUGGUGCUCUAUACUGAUUGUCUGCAACCCUUUAUCAUGAUAGAGCUGCAUAAUUUCAUCAAUCACAUACCAUUUACCAAUUCAAGGGUCAAAGCAGACAUCAAACUCAGUAAUAUGGUCUGA